UGUAUAGUAGUAGACUCGUUUCCGCCAAGAUGGCGGCGACCGCGUUUGGGUUGGUAUGGCGCUCCUGCUCGUUUCACGGUAGCCGCUUGAGUGAGGCAAGUUUCGCUUUAGGAAACUUCAGGACAUCUCGACCAAACAGCUGGCUUUACGUAUCUGCAUACAGCAGUAGGUUUACGGCAAUGCAAGUGAGACAAGCAACUAACCUUCGUGGCUCGAAGAACUCCGGCACGAUAUCAGCCAUGUCAGCACCUCCAUGGAAGGAGGCAGCCAGCCUCAUUGUAAUAAGCCGUGCUCCAUUACGAGAUGUGGUGGGAAAAGACUUGGCAACAGCCAUGAUGGCCACCGUAUGGAACAACCAGACUGAGCGUGUGUCACGCUGCGACUACCGUGUGCUGAUGGUCAAGCGGUCAAGUCUGAGCUCAUUCAUGGCCAACGCUUACGUGUACCCAGGUGGCCUCUGUGAGCCAUGUGACUUCUCAUCUGAUUGGUGGGAGGUGUUUGCCGCAGUGGGUGCCACAAAAGAAGCUCUUCUCAGGGAUGUCUGCAACCGGGCUAAGGGUCCACGACCUCCAAUGAUUACCAAGCCCAUGACAUUAUCGCACAAUCAGCUCAGUUCUGAAGACCAUUUGCCAGGUGACUUGGCUUAUCGUAUCUCGGCCAUUCGGGAGACAUUCGAGGAAACAGGGGUCCUGCUGCUCACACAAGCUGCUCCUGUUCGUGGCGAGGCUGUUCUGGCCGAGUGUUUGAGCGAAGGCGUUGACACAACACUGUGGCGACAGCGGUUGCGAGAAGAUCCAGUGAACCUGUUGCGCAUGUGCCGUGAAAAUCGUCUCUGUCCUAAUGUCUGGGCCCUGCAUGAAUGGUGGGACUGGUUGACACCCAUCUCGGUGGGCCACCGACGUUAUGACACCAUGUUCUACAUCUGCUGCAUGGAUAAGCAGCCACAGGUGGUGCUCGACCAGAGUGAAGUGAUUACACUGAAGUGGUGCACCCCUGAGGGCAUGCUUCAAGACUACUCUACCGGGGCGGUGUUCCUGGCGCCGCCGCAGGUCUACGAAACCUCGCGGUUGCUGAACAUGACAAGUUUCGCGGAGCUGAGCCAGUUCGCCUGUCACAGGGCCACCGAAGGCUGCGAGCAGUGGAUGCCCGUCAUCGCCUCGGCCAGCGAUGGCGCUGUGUCCCUACUACCAGGUCAGUCACAGCACGCGCUCGAGCCCUGCCCCCUGUAAGGUGCCUCGAUGCCA